UUGCCGUUGCUGCUGACGCGACUUGGCAGGGGAAAAAAGAGUGUGAACCCUCUGACUUUAGUUAGCGACUCUGACGAAACUGAGUAGUUUGUGCGGACUGAGAGUCGCAUUAUUUACGAGGCUGGGAAGCAGGCUAGCGAUAGAAAUUGAGCGAUAGUCUUAGCCUGCGACUAACCAACCUCACCCGUAUGUGAUCGCCCUUCCUCGUCGUUGGACGCUGCCAGCGAGGGCCAAGGAACAAAAUAGCAUAUCGCCAUUAUAUGAUCCAGUGUCCAGCGUCACUUUUACCCUCCAUGUGGGUGAGGGAACUGUGUGUGUCAGAUUAUGGCGAGAAAAACAGUUAGCAGGAAAAGGAAGGCAGGAGAGCCCAAGGACCAACAACAGCUGGGCUGGUGUCAGACACCACACAAGCGGAGCCGUGUUUCUUGUUCAUCACGUCAUGCCCAGCAGUGGUGGUGUAGUCGGCGCUCUGUGGUAUGUGCCCUCCGGGGGCGGGAGUUCAGACCUCAACAGCAACAUGAGUUGCGGCUCCAGCGGAGCCUGCGUGGCUUUGCGGCCGGCAGGCUCCCUGGCAUCCUCAAAGAGAGGGAGUUUUCUCUGGGACGACUCAACAAGGUGUUUGCUUCACAGUGGCUCAACCACAGGCAGGUGGUGUGUGGGACCAAGUGCAACACGCUUUUUGUAGCUGACGUCCUUACAGGACAGACAACAGGCAUUCCUAUGCUGAAGGACAGGGAGUGUCGCGAUGGAGGCUCGGGGGCAGUGGGUGCAGUGGUGGCGGGGCGGCAUUACCACCCCACAGGGGCUUCUCGUGCUCGGCUGGACCAGCAGGGUUGUGGGAUCCACGCUAUUGAACUCAACCCCUCGAGAACACUGCUCGCCACUGGAGGAGACAACCCCAACAGCCUAGCCAUCUACCAACUGCCAACACUGGACCCUGUUUGUGUUGGAGAUGAUGGUCACAAUGACUGGAUAUUCUCCAUAGCAUGGAUCAGUGACAACAUGGCAGUGUCUGGGUCCAGAGAUGGCUCCAUGGGCCUCUGGGAAGUUACAGAGGAAGUGAUGAGCCAGGCUAAGAGGAGUCAGAAUGAGGAGACGGUACCCUCCUAUGCCCACAUCUCCCACCGCGCCCUCAAGGACAUCCCCAAGGAGUACACCAACCCGUACAACUGUAAAGUCCGCGCUCUGGCCUUCAACAACAACCAUAAAGAACUGGGUGCUGUGUCCUUGGACGGCUAUUUCCACCUGUGGAAAGCUGAGCAUAAUUUGUGCAAGAUACUGUCCACCAAGCUGCCUCACUGCAAAGAGAAUGUGUGCCUGGCAUAUGGGCAGGACUGGUCGGUGUAUGCUGUGGGUUCUCAGGCCCAUGUUUCCUUUCUGGAUCCAAGGCAGCCUACACACAGCAUCAAGUCUGUUAAUUCCAGAGAGAGAGGAAGCGGGAUCCGUUCGGUGAGUUUCUAUGAGCACAUUGUGACGGUGGGCACUGGCCAUGGUUCUCUUCUCUUCUACGACAUCCGAGCUCAGAGAUUCCUGGAGAACCCUUUCAGUCCCACCGGAGGAUAUCGAAAGUGCCCUGGAGAUGGCAUCCUCAAGCUCACGACAGGAAAAGGCUGGCUGAAUCACGAUGAGACGUGGAGGAGUUACUUCUCAGACAUUCAUUCCUUCCCCAACGCAGUGUACACCCACUGCUAUGACGACUCCGGCACCAAGCUGUUUGUAGCAGGUGGACCACUCUGUUCUGGCCUGCACGGCAACUACGCAGGACUGUGGAGCUAGCCUCUCCUCCUCCUCCUCCUCCUCCUCCUCCUCCAUCGCUCUGUCACUACAUCCUCGUCCAGACCUUUACUUAACCAGCCCCGCCAUCCCUCUCCCUCUUUGAGUUCAUCGGCAUCACUGUCCUUGGUAUCCCUCUUGCUCACUAAGUUAUCACUCUGUUUUGCUCUCACAUGGACUCAGGAGCAUGAUUUUUCACUCAGCGUGUCACGGCUUUCAGUAUUGUUGUGUAUAUUUGUGUCCACCAUUACACUAUCCCUUCUUCUCUAACUAUCCCUUUGCACCUUUCACCUCAGCUACUUAGUUUUUUUUAUAUAUAUAUAUAUAAAAAUGUACAAACAAUUAACCAAUAAUUUUCAAGAGCUGCAAAGUCUGCCACUGAGGAACUCAGAAGAGUUUUGGAAAAACAUUAAGAAUAAAGUUACAUGUGUUCUCAUUAUUGAAAACAUUUACAUCCAACCUGCAGGGAUUAGGCUCUGGUCUUUUGCUGGCUUGUUUUUGUACGUAAGGAUAGUGUUUACCGCUGCUUACUCUGUGAUAAAUGACAGCGUCUUUGUGGAAAAACUUGUGGAAUUCUCUCCCGAAAGUUCCUUUUCAUUCUCUCACUUAAAUGGACAGCAAUAAAAAGAGAGCGAGAGAGGAAGAAGGACUGAAGAGACAUUUAAUUUUGAAGGACUGAGCUGGAGUGCAGUUUGACAUUUGAAUAUUUACUCGUUGGAACAGCCCGCAACAAUCUCAAAGAACUUCUCUCUUCUCCUGUCAGAAGUAAAACAAAGAAGCCAAUCAAUAUGGGACUUUGUGUUAAUCUUAUCCUUACUGAGAUAAUGUAAAGGAGAAACAUUAAGAUUGAUAAAUGCAGUGUUUUUGUUCUGCUGUGAAUUAAUCCCCCCCUCCUCCCAAAAAAAAAAGCAUAUUUUAUUUUUUGACCGUGUGAUUGGACAGGCAUACUCCUGCCCAUAUUCUAAUUUGCUUUAUUUGUAUUUAUUUUCACCUUUUCCGUCACUUUUAUUUGGCUGGUCAGGAGUGUUUAUAUCUGCUUAUUUUGAGGGUUGAAUUGUUUGAUUGUUCUUUUUUGUUUCAUUUUUUUGCUCUUUUUUUUAAUUAUUUUUUUUAUUUUGCUUGUCUUUGACCAGAAUGCUUUUUAGCGUUUGCAUUGACUGUGUUCCAGUCCUGAUCAGUGACUGCUCUGGUGUUACGAGACAAUUUACCCCCAAAUUUGAAGUUUUGGUUGCAAGUUAAACAUAAUCAAAUGAUUGAUUGAUAGUUAGAUAGAUAGAUAGACAGUAGAUAGAUAGAUAGAGGAGCCUUUAUGUACUGGAUUGAAACCCCUCACGACUCCUCUACCAGAACUGGGAAGAAGACCUGUAGUAGCUCAGUUUGAUCCUCUCAGCCAUCCAGCCAGAAGGAUGCAGGGAGAACUAAUGAGAAUUUUUUGGACUCUACCCUGGAGUUAAAUGCUACAGGCACAUACAUUUGUUGUCACAGUUGUAAAACCUUUUUUUUUCUUUUUUCUCCUCGUUUUGUACCAAGGAGUGAGCGAUUCGGCUCUUUUCCUUGUUCGGCAGAGGCAGGGUAGGCUUGAGUUCCGUUUUUGCCUUCCUUGAGUCUUUCUGUGAAAGACUGCCACAGGCGAUCAUCAUUUUCCUUUUCUACAUGGAACUUUUCUCCAGUUUUCAUGAUGAUAGGUUGAAAAAGAGAAACCCCAAUUAGGACCACAAAUUGAACAAAUAACCAACACUUUUAAAGUGUAUUUUAUAUAUAAAUGUGUAUAUGUAUGUGUAAAAUACAUAGGGACAAUUGCAUACAUUUUUAUGUAUAUGUCUGAGAAAGUGUGUGGAUUGACCUGUCGACUUGGUGAUGCCCUGUUUUUUUUAUACAUGCCUCAUGAAUGUUUUUACAAAUGACUGAAUCUGAGGAUAUUGUAAGAUAUAAACAUCUGGGAAAAAGCUAUUAAAUCUUUAAAAGGAGUAAAUAAUACAAAUAAAAUGUAUAUUGAUGUAA